AUGAAAACGAUCAAGGAGCGCUGUGAAGAACUUCUUCAGCUCUACUUGAACAACUAUUCAGAAGAAACGAACAGCUUUAAUGUUGAAUUCCUUCUCGACGCUUUAACUUUGAAAUCUCUCGUGGAAAAAAUCGAGUCUUACCGUUUGUCUCGUUCUGAAUUUGAAACUAUUCGGCUUAUCGGGUCGGGUGCAUUUGGUGAAGUUUCUCUUGUGAGAUCAAAGUCUUCAAAUGAGUACUUCGCUCUCAAAUCUCUGCACAAGUAUGAUAUGCUCAAGCGUUCGGAUAGAGCAUGUUUCCUGGAGGAACGAGAAGUUCUUGUCAAGGGGAUGAUAAAAGGAUCUCCUUGGAUAACGCAGCUCCAUCACACAUUUCAAGAUGAAAAAUAUCUGUAUUUUGUCAUGAAAUUUUACAAUGGGGGCGAUAUGUUAACUAUGCUGAGCAAGUUCGAUGAUCAGAUCCCCGAAGACAUAUCUCGAUUCUAUCUAGCUGAACUUGUUCUAGCAAUAAAUUCGCUUCAUGAACUGGGCUACGUUCAUCGUGACAUCAAACCGGACAACGUCCUUCUCGAGACGUCGGGGCACAUUGUUCUGACGGAUUUUGGCUCUUGCCUUCGCAUUGGUAAUGAUGGCUUGAUAAGAAACACCGCUGCCGUUGGUACUCCGGAUUAUAUCGCACCAGAAAUUCUCAGAGCUGCCGAAGAUACGCAUGGAACAUUUGGGGUGGAGUGCGACUAUUGGUCUCUAGGUGUAGUGAUGUACGAGAUGCUUUUCGGAGAAACGCCCUUUUACAGCGAGAAUUUGAUUCAAACCUACAGUCAAAUAAUGAAUUUUGAAAAAACCUUCAAAUUCCCCGAAGAAGAGGAAGGUGUAUCGGAUGCCGCCAAGGACUUGCUCAAGCACUUUAUAUGCGAUAGAAAGCAGCGCUAUGGACGGAAUGGGAUCGAAGAAAUUGUGAAGCAUCCAUUUUUCAUUGGCAUUGAUUGGGAAAACAUUCGAUCACAACCUGCGCCUUACCAACCAGAAGUCAAGUCCCCAGAGGACACAUCUAAUUUCGACAUCGAGGAGUCAGCUCGUACUCACGAGGGUCCACCUCUGGGUUCAGUGUUCCGUGGGUGCCAGGUGGCCUGCAUCGGCUUCACUUUUACCAAGGAAUCUCCGCUAAACCAAAUCGGCAAGCUGGGUGAGAACCUCAAAAAGGGGCUUUUGGUUGAGGGAACUACUCCAUUUACUGCUUCCACUGAUAUGCCCUGUCCCAAGUGUUCAGGGCUCGAUUCACGGGUGCGCGAUCUGGAGUCGGAGUUGCAAGCACUUUCAAUGCGUAUGCAGCAGCAAACACCGCCGCCAUCACCAAAAUUCAAUGGAACUUCAGCUGCGGCAGCAUUAGAGGUGACAAUGGAGAAACUUGCCGCCUUGGAGGCACGAUCAAAGGAGCUGGUGGCAGAAGCACAACACCUCAGGACGGUUCUAGAUGCCACCGAAGCUCGCUGUGCCAGUGCGGAAAAGCACAACUCUUACCUCACAAGGGCUUUUUCCUGCUAUCGAUCGAAUGCCAUCGAUGACGGUUUCGAUUCUACUCCCUUUACCUUGGCCUUGCUCCCUCUUGUUAAAUUUCUCAAUUCUCAGCAACUGGCAGAUGAACAAGAAAGAGUGGAGCGUCUCAAGUUCGACGUUCGUGAAUACGAAGAGGAAAAUGAAGAUCUUUGCAAACGCAUUCAAGAAACCAGUUCCAAACUGCGUGAAAAGGAGGCAGCCUGUGAAAGACUCCUCAACGACCUAGACGAGAAGCGUGCUGAACUUGCGGCACAGCGAAAGCUUCUGGACGAAUACAUCCAACAGCAGCAUCAACAAUCACAGAAGGCAGUAGCUGCGGCAGCCCUAGAAAACAAUCAUUCCAAUGGCCUCGCAGCCACUGCGGGUGACACCACGGAACCAAUAACGGCAGCGAAGACAGAAUUGGAGCUGAAGUUCCGUGAGGCGGUGACCUGGGCAGAGGAGUGUGAGGCAAAGUUAGCCAACCAGGAGGCUUAUUGGACUGAUCAAAAGCUUCGCUGGCAACGUGAACGCUCUGAGCUGCAGGACCGUAUUCGCGAGAUUGUUCUCGAAAGAACAAGUUUCCUGGAGGGAGAGUUGCGUCAGGAGAGGCAGCGUUGCACGGCACUGGAGCAACGUGUAAUGGUGUGGGAAAAUCAGUUGGUCGAACUCAUAUCCAUCGCUGACAAUGAAUGGGCCGCAAAUGACAGUCUUCAUGACACGGUGCUUCACCUGAUGUCCGACCUGCAGCGCAUACGUAACGGCUCGCCGGACGGAUCGGAAUAUGAUGAUCAUCGCCCGGUUCCUGGCAUCACUCCUGUAACUGCAAACAGUAGCAGCAGCAUUGGGAACACAGUGGACUGGCGUCAGCGCAAAGCAGGUCGUAUCAGUAAAAUGGAGCGCUCUAAUCUCCAACUGGCUCUCAACAAUGAAAUUCGCGAGCGCGAACUUGCUCAACAGCGCGUACGCGAGCUCGAGGUGCAGCUGGAAGAGACAAUUACUCGCUUAACUGACACAUCGAAUAAACUACUUCAGACAGAAAAGGAGAAAGAGAGCUUACGAGACCAGCUUCUGCAAGUGACUAAUGAAGUUCGCAGAUCACGGAUGAAAACGGCGGAAAUGGACGAGUCUUCGUACCUUCGUGCAGAACUGCUGAACGGGACGCAAACAUUGGCCCACCGGACAGCAGAGUCGACGACUGUACUCCAGGCCUCCAAGUCUUCUGAGAAGUCAAUCUCUCUAGGCAGCGGCAGUGGUGUCUCCGUGACUUCGCACAAGCUAGUGCCUGACAGCUUUGCUAAUCCCACCAAAUGUCUGGCUUGUGCAAGUUUACUGCUAGGUCAGCACUGGCAGGGUUUGCGCUGCCAACAGUGUGGCUUCGCCUGCCAUCUUCAGUGUCGUCAGGCAGCUGCUUCCCUUCCCUGCUCUUCCGCUACUGGUCCCUCCGAAAUGCCUUCCUUCGACACAGAUGUCGCCUUUGGCCUUGGAACUAUUCUCGAGGGGCCUGUUAGGACUCCAAAGGGCGAUAUUAAACGUGGUUGGGUUCAGCAGUACGCCUACCUCUGCGAUAUGCGACUCUUCAUUUAUGACUGCACUGCAGUGCGUCGAGCCCGUACAGUCUACCAACCCGGUACGGAGACAUCGCGGGAUCCACGCGCAUCGACUUUAGCCGCUGACGGGGGCGUUGGUGGCACUACGGUCUCACCAAGGUCGGCAGGCACGCUCUCCAUCACUCUGCCCUACAAUGGAGGUGCACAAAUUACCUAUGAGACGGUCUACGAUAUCCACGGAAACUCGCCCGCCUGCGUGAUCGACCUCAAUGCUUCUGGCUUUGAGGUCUCUCGUGUCUCCAAUACAGACGUCAUUCACGCAAAACGCAACGAAGUACCGCAUAUUCUCAAGGUGAACCCAGACGACUAUGCAGGCAGUACACCGGUUUAUCUCCUCUUCGAGACACGGGAGGAGUGUGAGCGGUGGUUUGGCGCACUGGAGGAUGUCGCACGGUUGGUCGCUCGCAACUUUACGCGCACUCUUGAUUCCCAGUGUCUCCAAUUAUCCCUCCUCUCCGAUGCCUCGUUCCCCCUUAUCAAACAUAUUCUAUCGGCUUGUGUUCAUGAUGAACAUCGAAUCCUAGUGGGAACCGAAGAUGGUCUAUAUAUCGUGGAUCUACGAUAUAAAACCUAUGCACGCGUUGGAGAGAAGAAACCCAUAUACCAGGUGGAGGUCCUGCCAGAGGAACUGCAAUUGGUCGCCGUCAUUCAAGGCAAGCAGCGCCGUCUGCGGCUGGUCCUCUCGGGGGCAAUAGAGGGCAUGAACUACGAAAAAAUUCGAGUAGCGGACCCCAAAUCGGGUGUGAAUCUUAUAACGCAUGGUUGGUCGCGCGGUCGCACCGCCUACCUUCUCUGCGCAGCGAGUAGUAGCAUUGGUGGUGUGUGGGCGUACGAGGUAGUACGAGAAGCUUCACGCCACCGCCGCCUCCUCGAGCUCACCCCACCAUCCUCUGCCUCGCAAAUCCAGGCCCUCUGUCUCGUCCGCGAUGGUGAUUGUUUGGCCGUUGGCUUUGAGAGCGCUUUCGUUAUCUACAACAUCUGGUGCCAUGGUGCCAUAAAUGUCCUCUUGGAACCCUCAUGCAUAGAUCUCGACCCGAGUUUGUUGAUGUUUCGGCAAGACCGAUUUGCAGCGCAAUUGGCUGUCUCCGUGAACUUCGAUGAGUUUCUUCUCGUCUUCGAAAAUUGUGGCAUCUACGUGGACAGUCAGGGACAGUUGACACGUCAAGUUUACCUCUUCUGGCCAGCCAAGCCACUGCCCCGAGGCUUUUCCUACCGCCAACCGUUUCUCUCGGUCUUCACAGAAGCAGGUCUCUUCCUCUUCAACGUCGAGACUUCAACAUGGAGCGCCUCUGCUGCAGGUUCCCGUCGUCUUCGUCCCCUCAACACCUUCGAUGGUCACCUCUGUCUGAUGACCCAUUCGUGUAUUCAAGGCCUCUGCAAGCUAGUCAAUGGCGGCAGUAGUGGUAUCGCUAACGGUGGGAGCGGUAGUGGAAACGUUAGUGGUAGUAGUAGUGGUGGAUUCAGUGGCACUGCCAAUGCAUCCAUAGUCUACCUCCCACCGCCACGCAAGUCAAUGUUCGCCUCGGUUCAGCGACGCAGAACGAACACCUCUCUCCUUACUUCGCCCCUGACCCGACCCCUGGGUGUAGGUGGUAGUGUAGAGAGGCAGCUGGAAUUAAACAACGUCGCUCUCCUUGAUGCUAAUGCGAGGGCUCGAAAGUCGCGACGCUUCUCCAUCUUCUCCCGUGGUCCAAUUUUCGGUCCCCUCUUGGAUUCAGUGACAUCAGACCAUGGAACCACUUCGGCGAGUAGUGGUGGCGUGCAAGCUGCCUCUGGUACCACCACUACCUCAGGUUCGCGACUCAUCUCAGCUCCCUCGGACUUUCAACAUCUUGCGCACCAGGGCCCUGAUGUGCGCAUCCAUUUUAUUGAUCUGGCACAGUCGCAACGUACCACUCACUGCUCUACUGGCAACUUUUCUCUCGUCGUCGAACCAUCCUUUGAAGCGAAACAGUCGGGAAUGCACAGCGACUCCCAGGUGUCCCUGAACUCCAGCUCCUCUCGCCAAUCUACUGAUCAGUCCUUUGGUGAACCCGAAGGAGCAACAGAACCCAUACCACUAAACCUUCAGCUGUCCACUUCCGCUCCUGGUGGUACUUCUGUAAGUGACGUGGGGGAAGAGGCUAUCACUCCCUCUGCAUCGGCCAACGCUUCUAACAGUCAUCACCACCAGCCUCAUGUACCGAUGACAUCCUCACCGCGGUCGACUCAUCGGCCGACGCCACCACUCGACUCUCCCUGCUUCCGUGAUAAGGUGCUUGCUCUCUUCCACACUACCAACAAGAAAAUCGAGAAUCUUAAUCAGCUAAAGCGCAAAUAUUGCGAGACCUAUGACGCCAAAAUCCAACUUGACAACGUCCUCAAUAUUGGGAGUCUGGGAAAGGUUUUAAGAGAUCUGGAUAAUCGACUUGACAAAGCAAAGCUAAAAUGUGAAGAAGCUGAUCACAUCUACCGCGCAUACAAGCAAAUCAAGGAGAAGUUAGAAGAGGAACAAUUUACCUUUCCUGUUUGUCUUGAAAAUCUCGAAAAUCAACUCAAAGAUUCCAAAAGGGAAUUGGAAAGGCUACAAAGAAUGCACUAUGAUGCCAUACUUGCCAAAGACUCCGCACUAAAGGAGUUGAGAUUUAGGGAGGAAGAAAAUAAAAACAACCGGAGGCGGCGAGACAUUGAAAUAUCUGCUUUAAGAAAGGUUGCUGAAGACAAUCGAAAUGAAGCUGACUUUAGUGAUAAAAAAUUGAUGACUGUUUCUUCCUCGGAGGAUGGUCACAGUGACUCACCCUAUGGUGCCUUUGGUCCAAAGGAGGAACAACUACAAAAAAUCAAAAUGUACGAAGAUAUGUAUCGCAAGAUUCGCGAUGUCACAGGCGUACAAGAUGUGGUUAAGAUGGUGGCCCGAUUUGAAUCACAGCUUGAAAUUAUGGAACAUCUGGACACUCUGAAAAAUGAGGAUGAGGCAUUAAUUGCUGAACUUCAAAGUCAAUUCAAGAAUUUAAAAAUGGAGCUGGAUGACCUUAAAUACACAGGAGAUAACCAAAAAUUAGUAAAGGAGUACGAAGAGAAGGUAAAAGAGGCUGUGGCGGAGCGCGAUGCGCUUCAGCAACAACUAGACAAUCUGAGCAGUCUCACAGUUCACUGCAAAGCUGGAAUGAUGCAUAUUUGCGAAAAGUUGGAGGACGUGGAUGUGUCCAUUCCAGAGUUGGAUACGGAUAUACCACCAGCUGAGAGUACGGACGCUCCACUUGUGAAAUCGACCGAAGGCGGUGUGGGCGAGGUGGAGAUGAUGAGGGACUCGGACCGACCUGACGAAACAAUCGCACUUAUCAGCCUCUGCUCGGAGAAAGUGAAGGGUCUCAUCGAGUCAAUGAAACGUGAUGACUACGACUCGAAGAAUGACAGAAUCCGGGAGGCUGCAUUCUUUGCAACUACGGGAGCCAAAAUACCAGAAUUCAAUAUGCGAGUGCCGAUCUCUCAGGACAUGGACAACGGAUCUGGUGAAGACAAUGAUGGCGUGUUUUACGAUGAUGAUGACGACGGAGCACUGAGCCGAAACGCAAUGAAGAAGCAGUCACAGCAGAUUGUAGAAGUACGCACUAAGAAACGACCUGGUGCAGACAAGGGGAAGAAGGGCCGUUAG